GUGCACACCAGACUGACGACCACCUGUGAUUCCCCUCUUCAACGUGACAAUGUCUGCUGAGCUUCUCUCUUACCUCCCUCCUUUUGAGGGCUAUUUGCCCAAAUGGCUGUUUUUGGUCUCCGCUGUCUCUGCGGCCAACAGUCUUCAAGCCUACCUCUCCGAGCACUACGCUGCCAGCCUCUACAACGGUAGAACCUCUGACGGUCGCCCGUAUACAAACGCUCUUUCUGGACGGACCUUUGGUACCUGGACCUUCCUCUCCGCCGUGGUCCGCAUGUACGCUGCCUACAACAUCACUACCCCUAUUUCGUACGAUCUCGCCGCGUGGUCGUUCGGUAUCGCCCUGUGCCACUUUGUCGGUGAAGUGGCAUUCGGCAGUGCCCAUAUCAAGGGACGAUUCGUGAGCCCCUUGAUUGUGGCUUCGUCUACUCUCGCGUGGAUGUUGACACAGCGGGAUUCUUAUCUUGCUUGAGUUGGUGGACAGGUAUAUAUUUGAAUAUUCUGUUGACAACAGACCCAUUCGGACCCUUUAUUGGGUGAUGGACCGGAUAAUACAGAUACCCAUAUAUCAAAAGUACAAUACGUCAUUUCAAAUCAUUGCAUCUUUACGAUGUCUCGCCUCCGCGCAGUCCAUCAGCCAUCCAGCUUCUUCCUGUACAAUUCUCCUCCGCAACCCCGUAAUCUGGCCGCCGCUUGCUCGGGUGUGAUAUCACGCUGGGGCUCGCCCAUCAUUUCAU